UUUUUUUCUUACUAAAAGUGAAAUUGGAGAGAAACUGCUUUUGGAAUGAUGAGGGGUUGAAUUUUUAGGGUAAAACAUGCGUUUUUAUGAUAUUUUCUUUAACUUUUCAAAACCCACAUUGCAUUUUUAAUAUCAUUCCUUUUUGAGAGUUUAGAAGAAAGUGAUCAACAAGAAUACAAGAUUUAUGUUUUAUCUGUUUUACUAAUGAGAUUAAGACAUAGGAAAUGCAUACCUUCGUGUUCUUCUCAUCACAGAAAAUCAAAUGAAUGAUAUGCAUUAUUCUAAUGUGUUCGUGGGAGUUCUUCCUAAAAUUCUUUUGCUUCCAAGUUGAUGAAGAUGAUUAUCCUUGGAGACACCACAACAAAGACAACAUUUUGGAAUGGUUACAUAAGUCUCUUACCAGAAAAUCAGUAUUAGCUCAAUGUAUUACUACUGCUAUGGUUGGUCCACGACAAUGGAUUGGCGGAAUUUUUGGCAUGAAGCAUUCUGCAAGUAACAAAUAUGUUGAUUUUAAGUACACUAAUGUUCAGGAAGCAAGAUAUCAAAAGCUUAGAGAACGUACAAAUGUACCUUUUGAUGAAACUCGCAUUGAGCAUCAGAAAGCCCUUGUAGAAUUGUGGAAUUUAGCAUAUCCGAAUGUUACACUUACAGGGUUGAUCUCUGAUCAAUGGAAGGAAAUGGGGUGGCAAGGAGCUAAUCCAUCCACUGACUUUAGGUUGCUAUUGAAACAACCUGGAAAAAGAGCAGAAUGGGAAUAUCCUUUUGCAAUUGCUGGCAUUAAUAUAUCUUUCAUGUUAACUCAGAUGUUGGAGUUGUAUUCAGUUAAGCCUAGGUGUCUUCACUGUGUCAAUUUUGUAAAAAUAUUAGGAGAGGACGAUGAAGCCUUUGAUGUUCUAUAUUGUAUUGCUUUUGUAAUGAUGGAUGUACAAUGGCUUACAAUGCAUGCCUCAUACAUGGAGUUCAAUGAAGUUCUACAAAUUACACGAACACAAUUGGAGAGAGAACUUGCACUGGAAGACAUCCAUAGAAUACGAGAUCUGCCAGCCUUCAACCUUCUGCACCAUUAAUUUCUUAUUUCUUGAGUUGCGAAUGAUUAAUGAUUGUAUAGUUAGAUUCGGGAUUCAUCUCCUUUCGAUUAAUGUUAUCUGGUUCAUUAGAUUAAAGAUUUUUACAUGUUAUAUUAAUGUUUUAAUUACUCUUUCUCUUCUCUUGGCAACGUUAAUACCAAAG